AUGACCGACUUCAAGUUGGGCAUUGUGGGGCUCUGCCUGGUGGCCAGCAAGACCAAAUACACACUGAUAGAUGAGCAAGAUAUCCCAUUGGUGGAGAGCUACUCCUUUGAGGCUCGAAUGGAACUAGAUGCUGAUGGAACUGGUGCUAAGAUAUUUGCACAUGCCUUGGACAAAAACCCAGAAAGGGGCUCAGGCAGGUUUCUUCGUGAGCUGCUGUGGGAGCGGCAUGGGUUUCGGGUGGUACAUCUCAAUGCUGUGACUGUGGACAAUCGCCUAGCCAACCUACAGCUGGUGCCAUGGGGCUGGAGUCCCAAAGCUGAAGAGACCUCUAGCAAACAGAGGGAGCAAAGUUUAUACUGGCUUGCAAUCCAGCAUCUUCCCACAGUCCCCAUAGAAGAGCAGUUUCCUAUCCUGAAUGUGGCUGGGUACUAUAAUGCCAAUGGAGAUGUGGUGGAAGAGGAAGAGAAUUCCUGCUCCUACUAUGAGUGUCACUAUCCUCCCUGUAUGGUGAUUGAGAAGCAGCUUCGGGAAUUCAUUAUCUGUAGGCGUUGCCAGGUAGCCCAGUACUGGGGUUCCCAGUGUCAGCAGAAGAACUGGCCUGCCCACAAGAAGCACUGUCAGGCAAGGAAGCGUCCCUUCCAGCAUGAGCUUGAGCCAGAGCGAUGA